CGAAGCGUGCAGUGGAAUUUUUGCUCGCAGUGGAAAACGAACAAUUCGGUGGAAAACGACAGACUGGUGCCAAAUAGUUCAUAAAGUGUUGCCUUUGGGUGUGUGUGCGUUAGUGGAUCAUUAAAAUUCUGAGGGCAAAUAGCAGCUUUUUCCCAAAUAUCGCAGCGCAGAAACCCGACAGUGAAGGUCAAACCUUCUAGACGCGGGUGUUUAUGGACAGUAUGCAAAGUACGCGCGUGAAGGAGAAAGUGCAUCUGAGGAUGGUGCGUAGUGGAUGUUACGAAAAUAGGCAGCUAAAGGCGAUUGCCUUCUGUACGCUGUUGGCCGUUUCCACCUUGCUGCCGGUGAGCGAUGCGUUGAAGUUUAAAAGUCGUAGCAAAAUUUCAACUUCUUCGUCAUCGUCGUCAAGUCGUGUUUCGAAACCCAGCACGUCGUCUUCGUCCUCGUCCAGCUUUAGCAAUCCUGGUAGCUUGAGCUACAGUAACUACCAAUCGAAACCAGCACCGAAACCGUCGGCUCCGGUUGAACCGUCGAACACGCGCAAUAUUGGAUGGAAUGUAAACAGCCAGGCAAAACCUGCGGGUUCCGUGGCUCAGCCAGCGGUUAACAAGCCACCACCGUAUCCGGUACAGUCGAGUGUGGCGAAGCCUCCGUAUCCGGUUCAGCAAGGUGCCCCGGGACAGACCAGUGCUGUGAAACCUCCGUAUCCCGUACAGCAGGUCGCUCCGGUACAGUCGAAUGCUCCGAAGCCUCUCUAUCCGGUACAGGCUACACACAACACGCACCAGACACACGCAGGAGCUCCACCGCCACCGUACUCGCAGGGACCGCCACCACCGUAUUCGGCCGCUAACAAUCCGAACCUGAACUCGCGCUUCAAUGAAGCGCCACCGAUGUAUACUCCGGGAAAUCAGGGUUUUAGAGCACCGGGUCAACCAGGUUUCGGACAGCCAGGUUUCGGACAACCAGCCUACGGUCAGCCAGCAGCAGCGGGCGGUUUUGGGCAACCGGGAGGAUUCGGACAACCGAUGGGAGGAUAUGGACAACCGAUGGGAAGUUUCGGAGGCGGCGGUUACCAUCCUCCGGCGGGUGGAUUCAGUGCUCCGCAUGGUACCUUCCAGGGUGGUGGUUAUGCACCUCCGGUAAAUUAUGCCCCCGCGCCAUCGUUCCCUAUUGCGGCCAUUCCAGUCGGUGCGUACAAACCACAAAGCUCCGGUAUCGGUGUCGGUGGCAUUGCGGCCGGUGUUGGAACGGGUCUUUUGGCAGGAGCGGCUGGAUCAGCGCUUUACAAUGCGCUUCGCCCAGAGGAUCGUGGACGGUACAGUGAGAGAGGUAGUGUUACGAUCAUUAACAAUAUACCGGCUGCGCCUGCUGCUGCUCCUGCUGCAUCGGAAGGAGUCGUAUCGGCUGCUGCCGCUCCGGUUCCUGUCGCUGCAGCUCCUGCUCCUGUAGCUGCAGCUCCAGCAGCAGCACCAGCAGCACCUGCUGCAGGACCCGCAAUCCCACCAGUAGCUGGGGUACCUCCAGUUCUACCAGCAUCUGCUGGCCCGGAUGGUCAAGUAUCCGUACCACUCGCUCCAAUGCCCAACACUACUGACGACGCAAAUGCGCAGGCUUCAUCACCACCACCACCCGGCGUCCCCGAUGCUCCGGUCAUUUUAAAUCAAAACGCUACUACGACCGAAACAGAACAACAGCAGCCAGCAGUAAACGGAACAGAAACGCUGACUCCACUAGCACAAGCACCGGUUGAAAUGGCACCUGGCGAAACGACCACUGUGAAUCCGAACGUUAAGCAAUAUAUUCCCCCACCCGGUCAGUAUUAUCCGGCCACCGGGCAGUAUGUGCCCCCGGGCGAGUAUGAUCCGGCAACGGGAAUCUUCACCCCAGGACGAUACAUCCCAGACACGAGUAUCUUCCAGUCCGGUCUGUACGAUCCAUUGACGCAGAUGUUUACUCCGGGUCGGUACGAAGCCGACGGACAGUUUAUUCCGGACCCGAACCAUCCACCACUAUCGCUGGCACCGUACGAUGGCGAACAACCUGUUACUCCUGCUGUCGCUCCAGUUGCAUCCCAGCCGGAACCAGUUACACCGGCCAUUGCAUCGCAGCUGAAAACUACGAGCGGCGCUAGCAUGAAGACGGUAUCGUUGCUAACGGCGCUUGGUGCAUUGAUAGUGUCGGAAAGCUUCCGUCAAAUCGUACGCUUUUAGACGUUCUGUGUAGAACAAAGUUUCAUCUUCUUUCCUUAUUGCUAGUCGCGAGGAUCGGGAAACGGGAUUUGGGAAACAAACAAAAACAACAAUGGUUAACAUAUUUUCAUAACGUCAAGUACAUAAGGCAUUUUGAGGAGAGAAUAUGAGCCUUUGAUCAACUGCUUGGGAGCAAACCACAAUAUAAUAAUUGCACGAUUAGAGAGAGUAGAGUAUUACAGAAAUCUCAGUCAAAAAGUCGAAUCUUCACAUGCCUGAUGGAAGUACAGAACCGGUUCAGCGUUUCAAGAUAAACAAGAGCUUCCCCAUUAGGUAUUCAUUUGGCAAAGGUUAAAGAUGCUCUCUAACUCAUAGACACGUUUCCAAACGAAACACUUACACGCGUUCGCGAAUUAUACAGGUACAGAUGGGAAUUGAUUUCUGAUUUCAAAUGGAUAAAUCCUUGAAAUAAGUUUUUUGAAUUCAACAAUCGGAAAAUCUUUUACAGAAACGCUUUUAAUAUGUGAUUUGUCAGACUGUAACAGCAAUUAGCUAGCUUUUUGUACCGGAUUUUAUCUCCAUGGGGUGUGUUUGUUCAAAAUACUCUUAUACAUCUCACAUGUUUCACAGCUAAUAUGAAACUGAAACCAUCAAUAUUUACGAUCGUUAAAGAUCAAACGCAUCUACAAGAAUCCGCAUUUAAAUGUCACCUGUUAGCUAGAUAUCUGGUAGGGUCCCUUAACCCUCCGUUUCACAACACAAAGCCACCCCCAUCCGAUGGUCUCUCUAAUUCUUUCUCAUGCCCUCUGCGUGUUACAGUGAAUUCAAUGAUAUUGUUAGUUUUAAACGUAAUUCUAAACAUUAUAUACUCAAGGAGCUUCUUGUACUGUUGAAACCAUAAUUACCCUACCGAGUGGAGUAACACUAACCUUACCUACCUGCCUAUAUAUUUGCCUCGGAAAACGGCGUGUCUUAGCAAAGUUAUACACCAUGGUAGAUUGUAAGCAGAUUGUAUGUACGUCUAUUCGUAAAAUUGCAACAUGAUUGUAUCAACAGACUUCUCUUUAUUCUCCAUCGUGCGCCUUCUCUACUGUACACAUUUUCUACAAUCGGAAUGUUUACAAUUAACUCUGAAAAGAGGAUGUCGAAGUUCGUCGACAAUCAAUACCAAGGCCAAUAUUUUUGUCCGUAGAUUAGCUCUGACUUAUACACCAUAAAGCAGUUAUUUCGAAGUGAUGUUGCUGGAACUCCAUUAACACUGCAUUAAAUUGCAACGCUUCCAAUCGCCUUUCAUCCCAGUGCUCUAGCGCAUUGGUUGCCAGCUGGCAGACAGCUAAUCAAGUGCGUUAUUUUUGUAAAUUUUUAUAUUGGGCAAAUGUGUUUUUUUAUGAACGGGUGAAACGUAUGCGGCAGACGGAAAUGCUUCUAAAGCAAGAAAUGAAAUUGAAUUUCGAUACGAAUAGCUAUUGGUUUUAGGCUUCAUAACUGUUUACCUUGGCAAAAUAAAAUAUAAAUU